AUGGCCAUUCAGUGGUUGUAUGCUGCUCUGGUCCAAAUCCUUCUCUGCCUUGUGCUCUGCCAGCCAUGCUAUGGCACAGUAACUGACAUCCAAUGCCUGAAGAGGGUGAAGGCAUCAGUUGAUCCAAACAACAAGUUGCAUUGGACAUUUGAUGACAACAAAGAAGGAUCCAUAUGCACUUUUAACGGCGUGGAGUGCUGGCAUCCUAAUGAAAACCGGAUUCUUUCUCUUCGGCUUAGCAGCAUGGAUCUGAAGGGCCAAUUCCCUGAUGGACUGGAGAACUGUAGUAGCAUGACUUCGCUGGAUCUAUCAAGCAACAGCCUUUCGGGGCCAAUCCCGGCUGACAUCUCAAAACGGCUUCCAUACAUUACAAACAUUGAUCUCUCAUAUAAUAGCUUCUCAGGGGAGAUUCCAGAAUCGCUAGCUAACUGCACCUAUCUCAAUGUUGUCAGUUUACAAAAUAACAAGUUGACUGGAGCAAUCCCAGGGCAGUUUGCUGGUCUUUCUCGCUUAACCGAGUUUAAUGUUGCUAACAAUAAAUUGUCAGGCCAGAUCCCAUCAUCUUUGAGCAAAUUCUCAUCAUCCAAUUUCGUAAAUCAAGACCUCUGUGGGAAACCUUUGAGCGGUGAUUGCACUGCCUCUUCAAGCAGUCGUAUAGGGGUGAUUGCUGGUUCUGCUGUUGCUGGUGCAGUCAUCACUUUAAUCAUUGUUGGUGUGAUUUUAUUCAUUUUCUUGCGGAAAAUGCCUGCCAGAAAGAAGGAAAAGGACCUGGAAGAAAAUAAGUGGGCGAAGUCUAUCAAGGGAGCAAAAGGAGUGAAGGUAUCAAUGUUUGAGAAAUCAGUCUCAAAGAUGAAAUUGAAUGAUCUGAUGAAGGCAACAGGUGAUUUUACCAAGGAAAACAUUAUUGGAACUGUUCAUUCCGGAACUAUGUACAAAGCUACGCUUCCUGAUGGUUCAUUCCUUGCUAUCAAGAGGUUGCAAGAUACUCAGCAUUCAGAGAGCCAAUUCACAUCCGAGAUGUCAACAUUGGGAAGCGCUAGGCAACGCAACUUAGUUCCACUAUUAGGUUACUGCAUUGCUAAGAAAGAGAGGCUCUUGGUGUACAAGUACAUGCCCAAGGGUUCACUCUAUGAUCAACUGCACCAUGGAGGCAGUGAUAGAGAGGCUCUGGCAUGGCCGUUGAGGCUAAAAAUUGCCAUUGGGGCUGGUAAAGGGUUGGCGUGGCUUCAUCACAGUUGCAACCCCCGCAUUCUUCACCGCAAUAUUAGCUCCAAGUGCAUACUACUUGAUGAUGACUAUGAGCCUAAGAUUUCAGAUUUUGGCCUGGCAAGGCUUAUGAAUCCAAUCGACACCCACCUGAGCACAUUCGUCAAUGGCGAGUUCGGCGACUUGGGUUAUGUAGCUCCUGAGUACACGCACACCCUUGUCGCCACGCCAAAAGGGGAUGUCUAUAGUUUUGGUGUAGUCUUGCUUGAACUGGUCACCGGUGAAGUGCCCACGCGUGUAUCAAAGGCCCCAGAAAAUUUCAAAGGGAGUUUGGUAGAUUGGAUAACAUACCUAUCAAACAACUCUAUACUUCAAGAUGCAGUGGACAAGUCCAUGAUCGGAAAGGACAAUGACGCCGAGCUGCUUCAAGUUCUGAAGGUCGCCUGUUCCUGCGUGCUUUCUGCUCCAAAGGAAAGACCUACAAUGUUUGAAGUGUACCAGCUUCUGAGGGCUGUUGGGGAGAAAUACCAUUUUAGCGCCGCUGAUGAUGAACUGGCGCUCCGACCACAGGAUGCAGACUCUAAGAAGCUGGAUGAGCUUAUUGUGGCGAAAUAG